UCUAAUAGCAGGCUCUGGUUUGAAAAAAGAAACAGCAUUCUGAAAAAAAAAGAGGAUUCUGGAGUGAUGUGACUUGUUGUACGCAUGCCCGUCAAGUUAAAGCCUUGAGUGGAGGCUGGCGGCUUGUGUUCUUCAGGAUGGGUGGGCCACAAGAGAUGAAGGCCGGAUUCGCAAAGCUACAAGGGGAAGAUUUUGAGUACUUCAUGCAGAGUUACUCCAUUACCCUUGGGAGGAACAGCAAGAAGGCCAGCGUCGAUCUUGACCUGACGGAUAAAGGCGGCGGGAUGAACAUAUCACGACAGCACGCACGCAUAUUUUACCACUUUCAGCACAAGUGCUUCGAGCUCGAGGUGCUCGGCAAGAAUGGAGCCUAUGUGGAGGGGGUUCUCCAUCUCCCUUCGACUCCUCCGGUCAAGCUUGGGUCGCAGUAUCAGAUUGUUAUCGGAGAUAAGAAGUUCUAUUUCCUCUUACCUGUGAAAAAACAUGCACCUGGGUCUUGGACCUCGGAAUUGGCGGCGCCUACGGGUGAUGGUGCCGGGAUGGCGGCUGUUCCUCACUCGAAACGCAGAUCGACUUUGCCGACAGGUGCAACCCCCAACAUGGAGGGGAGAACAGCGGGGGUGGAGGGUAGGGGUGUGGUUGUGGACGGCAGGGGGGUGGUCGGGGACGGUAGAGGGGUGAUUACGGAGGGGAGCAGGGCUGUUACGGAUGGAAGGGGGGGUGUUGCGGACGGAAGAGGGGUCAUUCAGGAGGGUAGGGGGAUGGUUCCAGAGGGGAGGGGGGUGAUUUCCGACGGAAGGGUAGGGGGGAUCACAGAAGGGCGGGCUGUGCUCGGUGAGAUGAGGACGCCCGGUGUUGUGAAUGAUAGCAAAGGUGUUAUUGCGUCUGGUAAGAGAUCGAAGAUGGAGCGUGUUCGAGAUGACAGGUAUUAUCCGGCAGGAAUGGUGGGUGGAAGCGGGAGAAUAGGCGGAACCCUUGGGAAAGAAGCGACUCUCGACGAGGUUAAUGGAGGAAGGGGCGACAUUACUGGACCGUUGGAUAUGUGGCCACAGGGCGAAGGAAAGAACACGGGCGGGCGGGAGAUGCACGACGACGAUGGCGACGAAGAGGACAUUGAAGUUCAGCUGCUUAAUGCGGUGAGCCAAUUGCUGAGCGAGCUGCAUCCGCCUGGUGAGUGGGUAUCAGUCACUAGGCUAUCAGCGGAGCUUGAGGAAAGAUUCAGAGAUAUCUGCCAGGAUGCACGGACAAUCAACCUCCUCCCACCCGACGACAGCCAUUUACGGAAUGGCGCCGGGUUUGAAAACGGCGGUGGCUUGGACGGAACCGGACGCAGAAGUUGGGUAGGGCUUUCUCUUCUUCUGAAGAGGCAUCCCAAGAGCUUUGUCUUCACUUAUAAAAUAAAAAAUAGGGUGAAAAUGGAAUAUGUGGCUCUAACUUAAUCAAUCACUAAAGUUAGGUAGGUAGGGGUGGGGGGGGACCUAAAGCAAUAACUAAAGGUA